GAAGUCCUGGAGGAGGAGCGGGGCGGGGAGAGGUGAGGUGCAGGUGCGCCCCCGAGCGCGCUGUGGGCGUGCCCGGUGCCCGCCGCGGUGCGGGCAGGAGGAGGUACAGCGUCGGCGGUACCCAUCUGGCUGAGUGGGCCGUGGCGGGGCGCGCCCUCGGCCGGCGUCCCCGGGGCUCCGGCGGGUCUGCGCGCGCGCCGCCGCGGAAGCAGGUCGGCCUUGCCCGCCCCUCGUCCGCGACCAGACAGAAGAUGGGCACCCGACUCUGACCCCGAAGACGCACCCCUUGCCCUCGUUCUUCUGAGCGCCGCCUCGACCCCCAGUUGUUCCAGGGGCGCACCUUGCAGGUCCCAGGCUGAAAUUCGCGAGUAGAUAGUGGGCCAUGCUGUGUCCUGGGGGUACGACUCGUAGAAGACCUGACCUUGGUGCUGUAGUAUACGACAGUCUGGGGCAGAUGCUAUUAGAAGAUCCUGUUGCCACUUGUCUUUCUCCCUCAGUCUAUGAUAUGAUCUGUAAAUUUGGGUUUGAAGUCAGAGAAACUUGUGAUAUCAAUAGCAUUGUAACUCAGAGGGGUGAAGUAUGCUGGAAGACAAUCACAGACUGCGUGAUUUAUACAGAAUCAGCCCAGAGUCUGGAUUACCCAGGAAGUGUGAGGCUGCUGGGCCCUGUGUGUGAGGCCGUCCACUCACAUUUGUUAUCUCUGACCAAGGAGCAGUUUGAAAUCUGUUAUACACCGUGGCUGCAGUGGACAGCUUUUCCAGAGUUAUUUCCUGAAAUACUUGAUGCUUUGGAAAGCCUUCAAUCUCCUGCUAUUUCUCUUAGCUUAAUGAAACUGACAGCAUGUCUAGAACGGGCUUUGGGUGAUGUAUUUUUACUGAAUGGGAAGGAAUGUCCUUUUCUUUUAAGAGAUCUGCUUGCAUCUAAGGAGCUUGCUCAGGUCUUUGGGCAGUCUGCGAUGGACGUACUGAAAGUCUUCCUUGGAUCUCCACGCGGGCUCAAUCUGCGUAACAUCCUGUGGCAUGGGUUUGCGUCCCCUCACGAAGUCCCUCCGAAAUACUGUUCGAUGAUGACGCUGUUGACAGCGGGCUUGGGUCAGCUGCUAAAGAGUUACUUGCGACAAACUGAAUUCGCAUUGGUGCACCGACCUUUCAGAGCUCUUCCAGACCUUGAGGAUUUGGCCGUUUUCCCAGAUAUGACUUCUGAGGUACUUCCAGUGUUAGAAGAAGUGAUGAAGAAAUCCACUUUUAUAUUAAAAAUCAUGUUGCCGUACUGGGAAGAGGCGUUAAUCAGGUUCGAGGCACACAGGUUUGCUGACUGUGCCGUGCUGUUACUGCCGCAGCUGGAGAUGGGUCUCAGGAGAGUGUUUGCCGUCAUUAACAAGUGUCCACAGAGACUUCUGACAGCUGAGUCAACAGCUCUUUAUACCACCUUCGAUGAAAUAUUGGCAAAGCACUUGAAUGAUGGUAAACUCAAUCAACUUCCUCUUUUCCUUGGAGAGCCUGCAAUGGAGUUUCUUUGGGAUUUCCUGAACCAUCAGGAGGGUCCUCGUGUAAGAGACCAUCUGAGCCACGGGGAGAUCAACUUCCCCGAAUUUCCAAAAGAAGCGGCGAACCAAUUGCUUGCAUUUUCCACCGUGCUUUUACUCCGAUUCGUCGACGAAGGCCUGUUGUCAGUGCUUAAGGAAAAGGCGGCGAUAAGGUCACUGGUCGGUCUCGCCGAAAACUACCGUGCUCACGUCCACCCGGUGGCUCAGCUGAGAAAACAGGUGCUGAGCUGUGAGAAGAGCCUCGGGGCUUGGCCCCUCCUGUCUUUGCCCGCAGAAGCCGAGGAGGCUGCCAGAUUAGAAGGUCAUUCUGAGACCAAUGCCUGCAACUCUUUACUUACAGAAAUCAUGUCUGAGCUGUGUCACCACCUGCCUGAGGAUCACCGUGUCGCUAGGGGCUUGGACAGCCUUCCUGCUGAGAAGUGGCCCCAGGUGAUCCGUGAACUCUGCGGCACCCCCGUGCCAACUCUGUUCUGUCCCAGAACCGUUCUGGAAGUGCUCACUGUCCUCCGAAACAUCACAGCACACUGUGCCCGCGUGUCCAGCCAGGUCGCUGCCUCCGCGGAGCUCAGACAGCAGCAGUGGGUGGAACGGAGGCUGCGCUCCCGGCAGAGACAGACGUAUCUGCACAUGCUGAGUAGUAUUAAGCUUCUGUCUCCUGUGCUUUACCUGAUUUUACUGCUGAUUGCGCUGGAAUUGGUCAACAUUCAUGUGGUUCGUGGAAAAAAUACUUGCGAAUAUCAACAGUAUCUAAAGUUCUUAAAGUCGAUCUUGCAGUACACGGAGAACCUGGUGGUUUACACCAGCCAAGAGAGGAACAAGUGGAAUGAAGCGAUCGUUCUCACGCGUACAGCUCUGUUGAAAAUUUGGACUUUCAGUGAGAAGAAACAGAUGUUAAUACAUUUAGCCAGCAAAUCCACAAGUAAAGGGGUUCUGUGAAAGCACUUACAGGUCAAGAUGCUUUGGGCGACAUCCAGAAACCCAGUCCACACAGGCUUUAUUUACCUGCAUGGAAAUUGAAAAUCCAAAGGUAGGGUGGUUUCCAGGGUCUGUUUGAUCAGGGAUCCAAUUCCGUUUCUCUGCGGUUUUCUGAUUUGCUGUUCCUGAGUCGGUGUGAACCUCAGGCUGGGUCCCAUCCCGAAAUCAAGUGGCCACGGCAGUCUGGUGCCCCCCCCCCCCCCGCCAUGACACAGUGUCCAGGGGCAGGGGUGCUUUUCACCCCAUGUCACCCAGAGAACUCUUGAAAACUGUCACUGUGGCCGGGACCCUGCCACCGUCUGUACUCACUGGCCAAGCUGUGUAGGUGUCUAGUCCUGAGCAACCACCGGGACACAGAGAGCGAGCUUGGGCCAGUCUGGCCUCAUCCCCGGAGCUGGGAGUGAGGUUGGACGAUCCAGGUCCCAUGGGAAGGAUCAGGAGGAACAGCUCCUGGGAGGUACGCCAGGCAGAUGUGGGCGCCGGGCAGCACGUGGCUGGGAGAGCAGGAGCCCAGGCACGUGUCAGGGUAAGGAGAGUCCCAUGCAGGAGCAGGGAGAGCCGGAGGGGUGAGGGACAGGGUGCAGCCACCUCAGUCCAGCCCAGAGAGCCACGGUCUGCGCUUCUCCAGGGCUCCCUGUGCCGCUGCAGCUGUCUGACCGUCUGUCUCAGGUGGCAGCCGCAAAGCCAGCAGCUGUCAGGGCCCCCGUGAGGCUGUCCGGACCCCAGGUCUGCAUGUGCGCUAGGCCACGUACAGUGAACUGUGGCCUCCUCUCUGCUUUGCAAACCUGGCCGGCAGGUUCUAACCCACAGCCCUCCAAGGAAGGACAUCCAGCACGUGCGUUUCUGGCUUCUUUGCUGUCGGAGAACAGUGUCGAGGGAUGGUGCUGUGGGAUGACAAACAUUCUGGCACAUUCCGUCCAUCCCUUUGCCAACUCCGUACCCGCCACACCUUUUUUAAACUAAACUCCUGGGUGAAGGCAGAGCACCGAGCUUCUGCCCCUGUGAAGCAUCCUUGCUGUUUGCAAGUGUAGACCCCGAAUCCCACAAGUCCCCGUUUCUGUUCCUGGGACGUGUUCUUUGGCAGGUGGUCACAACCUCCCUUGGCCAGAUUCUAAGGGACGAUUUGUAGGAGUAACCACUCUUAACCCUGCUGAUGUUGGAGCUGGACCGGAAAAGGGCAGACAAGAGAACCCAUAUACUUACCAAACCUGCGAAGGAAUAGGUGGGGCCUGUGCACCUGGUGAUCUGCAGAAGUUGGUAUUAAAAAUCCCCUUUUCUCCAGCA